AUGGCCGAUAAGUCUGCUUUUGUGCCGGUCGAUGCGAUCGGAAAUCACAAAAACACUGAUCUCGAUGUGGAUAUUGACGACGAAUUAUUUGGAAAGAAGCCGCCAGCGGCACCAAAGGCAGCUCCACCACCGCCGCCACCACCGCCGCCACCGCCACCAGCGGCGCCAGCGAAAUCGUCUGGUGGCUCGAAAUACCAAUACAAAAAGGCGUCAACAUACCAGAAGACUGACAAGUCAAUUGACGAGCGGGUUCAUCAACAACUCAUAUAUAAGGAUAACCGCAUAAUUGAUUUGAACAAUGUUAUUUUGGAUAAAGAAAGGCAAAUAUUAGAUCUUCAAGAAAGAGUUCGAGAACAUAACGAAGUUGCCAAUGCCAAAGCACAAGCAAUGCGAAUUGUACAGCAAAAAUUCGAAGAAUGUAAUAAAGAACGCCGAGAUAUGGCAACUGAGACUGAUUUUGUCUCAACCUCAACCCAAUCGACGUCUUAUUCGCGACCGGAUCGCAGAGCUCGCAGUUCAUCUCCUGGUCAUGUAAUUGUUACAAGAAAUCAACACCAGCAACAUAAUAAACCUGGUGGCACAUUUUCUCCACCACCAGUAGAUCCCCCUGAUUCCAAAGAUGACAGUUUUGUAAGAACAUUACCUGACGUCGACGGAAUAAACAAAAGCCGGAAAAACAGAAAACGAGUUACGUUUGACUUACCUCCUGCUGCUCGAUCCGGGUCGACUGAAGAAAUCGAAGCAAUGCUAUCUGAGGCUUCUGCACAAAAUCAUGCUUUAAAAAAUCAAGUUCAAGAUCUAAAUGAAGCUUUGGAUGAUAUGAAACAACAAUAUGAAGAGGAAAUCGCUAAGUAUCAGAAAGAAGUUAAAAGCGCUGGUUUGAAAGCGAGAGUAGCCGCAACUGCCAGGAUAAAGGAGCUUGAAGCGUCGUUGGAGAAAAUGACAAACAAGUACAACGAUGAGACUGGAAUUCUCCGCGAGGAAGUGGUAACGUUGCGAAAUUCUCGCGAUUGGGAACUGGAACAAAAUGCACAACUUCGCGAACAGAUUGCACAUCUAAAAGAGAAAACGUACAAAUUGACAGCUGAGCUGGAUGAAAGCGAAAAGGCUCGAAGGGAACUCGACGAAGAAGCGAUUGAAGGAAAAAAGUUCAUGGACCUCAUGGUGGAGGAUUUAGUUCAAGAUGUUGAUAAAUUAAAAGAAGCCAUCACAGCUCAAGAUCGUUUCAUUGAAAUUCUUGAAGCGGAUAUUGUAAUUUACGAGCAACACAUUGGACUUCUUCGAGAAUCUCUUGGAGCAUCGAAGACUGAUCAUCGCGCUCUCAUAAAAUCGAAAGCGUUCGAGACCAAGCUAAAAGCUCUUGAAAAAGAAAAAGAGAUCAUCGACAAAAAAUCGAACGAGGAGCGAUUGAAGGUGAAAGCACUGGACAAGAAGUGCCAAGUUCUCGUUGAGCAAAAUGAGCAAUUAAUGGCUAAACUUUGUGAGCUCGAAAUGGGAAACUCCGGUGAGAAGGAAGCAAGAUUGAAAAUCAAGCAGCUUGAAGAGCAAGUUGAGCAGCUUCAGUCAAAUCUCGAAAGCGAAAAAGAAGCAACGAAGAAAAUGUUUGUUGAGCGCGAAGAAGUGAAACGAAGGUUGAGUGAGGCUCCUGCCGCUUCUGAAGAAGGCCCAUCGGAAGAAAUGACGGAAGGUGUUCGGAAGAUGAGCGACGAACUUGAGGAGACCUUGAAACUUCUUGAUGAGGCAAACCGUGAAGCUGAAAAACUUCGAGCGGACAACUUUGAUCUACAAUACAAAAUGGGACAGUUAAGCGCGAAAGUUGAUGAAUAUGCUGAUCAGCUUGAAGAAUACGAGGAGGAGAUUAAAGAUUGCACUUGGAAGAUCAGAGAACUGACUGGAAUGAACGAGGCAUUGCGAGUUGAGGUCGAAUCCGCGCGACUCGGAUUACAAUACGCUACUGAGGUUGACCAGCAAGUUAAGCAGUUAACGGUUGAGUUGGAGAAUCAGAAACAGGCGGAGAUGAAGCGCUAUCAAGAACUACAAGACAGCAUCGAAACUCGGGAUAAUGAGCGUAAAGACUCGUUGGAGAUCCAAUACGAGCAGUAUAUUCUGGAGUUCGAGAAGAAAAUCGCAGAUCUGGAGUCACAGCUCGAAAUAGCAUCGAAAGCUUUGGAAAGUGAGAAGGCUGAGAAGAAAAAACUCAAGACUGCUCUCAAGAAAAUUCUGGAAGAGAAGAAUUCCAAAUCUGCUGAGCCUGAAGAAGUCAAGCUUGAAAAACAGGAUCUUGUUCAAAAAGCGCCACGAGAAGAUAAUGAAGCCGAUUCCCAAAGUGCAAAAGCGGAAGAACUUAAAAAGAAGGAUGAGGAGAUUAAACAAUUGCAAGAACGCCUACAAGAGUUUGAAUCUGUGAAACAAGUCAACUCCGAGUUGGUCGAAAACCUUAGACUGAAGGACGAAGAAAUGGAAUCUCUCCGGCAACACGCUAAAUCCCUUGAGAUUGAGACGAGAUUGUCUGGAGAGCUCAAUGUCGAACUCGGGCAUGCCAUGUUGGAGCUUGAAAAACAGAACGAUCUUCUAAAGCACGAACAUCUUGAAACGAUAAAAGACAAGGAGAACAACAGGAUGGAAUUGCGGCUUCAUGAAAUGAUGGUUGAGGAAAUGUCGGCUCAAAUUGAAGAAAUGAAAAAGCAGAUUGAGGAAAUAUCUGCCUCCAGAAGCCAACAGACGCAGCAGGCUGCCGUUGAAGAACGUGAAACCCUUCGUGAUAUGGAAUGCCUUCAAAAGGACAAUGCUCACCUUCGCGGCGAAAUUGAUCGCGUUCUUGCACGUUUGAUGGAAGUGGAGACCGCACAUGCCAACGAGAUCGAGGAGUUGCAGCGAAGUCAUCACACUGAAAUCAGCAAAUUAGCGAUUACAAUUGAAGACUCGCGACGCGAAAUUUCUGAUAUUGAGGUGAAAUUGCAACAGGCUGAGGAGCGAGCGCAGAAACUCGAGGAGAGCAAAAGGAAAUACAAAAAUGAGCUGCGUGAAGUGAAAAAUCGGGAAAGUGAAGCAUCGAGAAGCGCAUCAACAGCUGUUGUGAAACAAGAACCUCAUUCUCCUGAACCAUCGGCUCCAAUGGAAGUUGUUGAAACAACGAUACUCCAGUCUUCUUCUCAGAAUGAUGUCCGACAUGAAGCGGACCGAUUGAAUGCACCUCCAAAUCUUGUCGAGGAGAAUAUAAUCCUUCGCGAAUGCAUCAAUGAAUCCAGUCGAGUCCACGACGAUGUUUCGCGCGAUUUGACGUCGUUGAUGAAACUUAAAGAAGAGCUUGAGAUAGCCGUAGACGCUUUGAAGGCAGAGAUUUGGUCGUUGAAUGGCCAACUGAAGUCUCAAGUUCUUGAUAGGGAGAAUUUGGAGAACAAGAUUGCCGAGUUAGAUCAUGCCCUCGAAAAGGAGAAGAAACGAUCGAUUGCCUUGGAUGUGGAAUUGCAAGAGCAGGUCGAUUUGACUGACAAAGCGGUUCGUCGAGCUGCCGAAGCGGAAAAUGAAUCUAAUCGAAGACUUGCGGAAUGCUUGGAAAUGGAAGGAAGAAGAGAAGAACUAGAAAAGGCGUAUGCUAGCCUCACCGAUUACUACAAUCAACUGCAAGCAGCCUAUAAUACAGUGUAUGCGCAGCUGUAUCAACAGAAAGAACAACAAGUUCCUUUGGAAUCUUCUGCAACUGCAACACCCUCGACAUCACAGGAAGGAAAUAUUGAAACCCUUGUGGAUAAAUUGCUAACAAUUCUUCAAGUCAUCUCUGAUGCCAGUUCCAGUGAAAGUCUUCACGAAAAGCUGGAGAUUGUCGUCGAAAAAGUUCAAAAAAUGGUCAAGGAAGUCGAAGAAACUCGUCAGGCUCUCAAUGAGCAGAGGAAUAUCGGUGAUGCGCUCCGUGAUCGUCUUGAAAAUCUCGAAGCUGAAACUGGACGAGACGCAACCAGCCGGCAACGAAUUGAUCAACUUGAAGGCGAGAUUGAAUGGAAAGAAGAAGAAUGCGAAGGGUUGCGACGUCGAAUCAACGAGCUUGAGAGGGCGUUGGAUGCGAUCGCUGAUAAAGCAAACGAGACCGAAGCUGCAACCGCCAAUCGACUAUCGACGGAUGUCGCGAUUUUAGCCGCCAAGCUGACGACACGCCAAGCUGAUAUUGACUCGUUGUUCCGGACGAAUGCCGAACUAGCGCACACCAAUGUCAGGCUUCAAAAUGAGGCGGAUGAGCUCGAGGAGAGAAAGAAUCUCUUGUCUAAAGUUGAACAUCUGGAAACACAAGUGAGGGAGCUUGAAAUGAGCUUGGCUCAGGGCAACUCUCAAGUUGAUCAUGAAACACCGCUUCAACAGAAUUCGGAAUUAGAAGAAUUUCGUAGAGAGGUUGAAUUACUUCGUUCUCGAGAAUCGAAUUUGAUUUCUGAGAAAUCUAAUGUCGAAUCUAAACUGGCCGAAGCUUUGGAGAAGAUUAAUCUUGAGAGAAAACAUGACGAAUGGAACGGAUGGGAAGAAGAAAGUAAACCCGAUGUUGAUAUUGAGAAGUUCAAUGAAGCCAAUGAGGAGGUGGAACGUCUUCAAGAAAUUGAAAAAGUUCUCAACAAUCGAAUUCUUGCUCUGGAGGAUCAACUCCUUGAAUUAGAAGAACGGCUUCAGGAAUCGGAAAAUGCCCUGCACGAGCAAAAAAAAGAAAAUUCAUCGUCGACGAAAGAAGGGUGGGGAUGGAAUGAAGAAGAAAAGAAGGAGAACGAUGAGAUGGAAAGAAUGAGACAGAACGAGCAAGAGUUGAAUUCGAAAAUUGAGAAGCUUGAAAAUGAGCAACAAACUUCACAAAGAGAAGUAGAAAGUUUACAAAAGGAGGUUGAUGUCCUUCGCUCUAGAGAAUUGGAAUUGGCCUCAGAAAAGAGCAGAAUUGAACAACAGCUUUCUGAAGCUUUGGAAAAAAUGAGUGAAUCGAAAGAUGAAUGGAAUGGGUGGAAAGAAGAAGAAGAAGAAGAAAAGACGGAGAUUGAUGCUGACAAAUAUAAUGAAGCGAAGGAAGAAGUUGAACGCCUUCAGGAUGUGGAAAAAGUUUUAAACCAGCGAAUCCUGGCUCUUGAAGAUCAGCUUCUGGAGAUGGAAGAACGAUUACAAGAGGCGGAAGAGGCCGCAAUUGAUCAGAAAAAGCAACAAUCAACAUCAAAUGAAGAGUGGGGUUGGGAUGAUGACGAAAAGGUUCAGAAAGUAAAAAUACCUAAUCAUGAUAGUAGCUCCGAAGGCGAAAAAGAAGACAAUAGCAAAUUUCAAAAAGAAUUAGAAGAUGUUCGGAAAACAUAUACGAGACGAAUUGAGCUGCUUGAAGAUACUGAAGCUGAUCUCCGACAGGAACUUGAUGACGCUGUUGAAGAGCUUGAGGUCCUUAAGAAGAAGAUAAAAGAAUUGGAAUCGGCGCCUAUGCAAUCUGAGGUCAAUGAAAGUUGGGGUUGGGGUGAGGAAGAUGACGAGGUUAACGCAAGACCGAACGAAUAUCUGUCAAAUGAGCUUGAAUUGGAGAAACAGAAAACUCGCGAAGCGGAAGAGAACCUUCAAAGAGAACGAGAGAGUCUUGAGAUACUUCGUAAAAAUUACGAAACAAAAAUCGAGCAGAUUGAAGAGGAAAUGAGCCAUGUUUUAUAUGUAUUUGAGCAAACGAAAACUGAACUCAACAAGAUGAAAAGUUCUUCAAAACAAUCUGAGGAAUGGGGAUGGGAAGAAGAAAAACCACAAAAGAGUUCUGUCAAUGUCACGGAUCUUGAGGAGAAGUAUCAGGAGAAAUGCGAGGAGUUGGAGAAUGUCAACAAAGCUUUAGAUGAGCUGAUUAAGAGAAACCAAGAAAGCGAAGAAAUAAAAAAAGCUCAAAAAGGAGAAAUUGAUAAGCUAAAGGCUCAAAUUGAAGCGUUAUCGAACGAGAUCAGCAACCUCAAGUUAGAGAUUGAAGAAUUGAAAUCUAAUGAAAAGGAAGAUGCGUGGAAUGACGAUGAUUGGUCCAAGAAAGAGGAAGAAGAAUGGAAGAGCAAAUUUGAAGAGCAGUCUGUGGAAGUUGAGCAAUUGAAGGUUUUACUGAAUGAAGAAAUUUCAAAACGAGACACCAUCAUUUCCCAAAUAAGUGAAGAACUCUCCGUAGCACAGAAUGAGCUCCUCGCCGCAGAAGAAUCACCGAAAUUUCGAGAAUUAUCCGAAGAGCUUCGAAGUUUGAAAGAGGAUUUUGAAAAGACUAAAAACAGGCUGAAAACAACAUUAGAGCAGAACGAAUUGCUUAAGGAUUCGGAAGCGCGGCUUAUUGAUCAUGCUGACAAGUAUGCGGAAGAAAUGGACAAGUAUAAAUCGCAAUGUGAUUUGUUGAAACUACAAAUUAGUCGAUUGGAAGCGCAGGCGAUGGAGAAGGAGCAGAGUAGUGACGAUCUCGUCACGUUGAGAAAUCAACUCCGCAAUGUUUGUGAAGUAUUGAACGCGAAAGAAUCCGAAGUAGAUAUGAAGGAUCAAUUGAUUGGAUCACUUCAAAAACAAAUUUCUCAGUUGACCGAGAGUCUUGAGUCCGUCAAAGAACAACUUCGAAUUGCUGAACACGGACGAAUGGCGGCGCUUGCUGAGAUUCAGCGGCGAAAAGCUGCUUCAAGGCCGUCUAGUCGAAUGUCGACAUCUUCCCGAGUUUCUGUAUCUUCUGAAGCACCGCGAGAAGUCGUCGUUCCACAAAUUCCUUUGCAAUCUUCUGGAUCUGCAUUCGAACCAGUUAUUCCACAGAGUUCGCUCGAGCCGCUUCGUCGAAGACACAAGUAG